AUGAUUGCGAGCAGAACACCCCCUUCUGAGUGCACGGAGGUCACUCCUGACUGCCCAGUGGAGGGAACUAUCUACGGCUAUGCGCCCAAUGCCGUGGCAAGUUAUGCUUUUUGCAUCAUAUUUGCAAUUUGCGCCUUGGUACAGGUAAUUCAAAUGCUGAAAUGGCGCACCUGGUCCUUUGGUGUGGCCAUGUUUCUUGGAGCUAUCUCUGAGGUCGCCGGAUAUAUUGGUCGCAUACUUUUGCACAAUAACGCCUACUCCUCCACAGGAUUUGAGACACAGAUCUGCACUCUCACCAUGGCCCCCGCUUUUUGGUCGGCUGCUAUUUACUUGACCUUGAAGCACGAGGUGAACAUCCUGGGUCCUAAAUUCUCCAUUCUGAGGGCUAAAUGGUAUCCCUUUAUUUUUGUAACUUGUGAUUUAAUCUCACUGUCAUUGCAAGGUGCUGGUGGCGGACUCGCUGCUACAGCAACCACCACUCAGGGUAGCGCAGUUGGGAGCGAUGUCAUGCUAGCUGGAAUUGUCUGGCAAGUUGCUACCUUGACAGUGUUUGGCAUUCUCUCUGUCCAGUUCUUUCUCAGAGUUAAGAAAGUACCCAAGUAUCAGUUGUCUGUGGAUGCCCAGAAGUUGUGGAAAAGCCGCAAAUUCUGGUUUUUCUGUUGGGGUAUUGUUGUCGCGUUCACUACCACCUAUAUCCGUUGUGUCUACCGUAUUGCUGAAAUGGCCGGAGGUUGGAGAAAUCCUAUCAUGCAAGAUGAGACCGGCUUCAUUUUACACGUGAGGAAAAACUGGCAGAUUAUGCUGAUCAAUUCUGUGUAUUUUAGAAUGUGCGUUUUGUCUGUGGUAGCUCUUUGCAUCGCGCAUCCUGGAUUCUGCUUUGAACAGAUGCGUGGAAACUAUACGAAGGUAGUUGCUGAGAAUACGAAGCUACUAGAGGAAAAGACCGAGUACAAUAAUGCAGUGUGA